UGGAGCAGCGCCUCUGUGCAAACGGCGAGGAGGAGGAUGGUGGGGGCCACCACCGGGCAAGGCCCUGUGGGCUUGCACGAAUUGCUGCUGGCCGGGGUGGAAGGGGGCAGCGCCACUACCGCCCCCCCUGUGACCACCGCCGCCGCCGCUGCCGCCACCAGCACUACGACUGCAACUACCGCCGCCGCCGCGACCGGCAGCAGCAGCAGCAGUAGCAGCAGCAGUGGCGGCCCCGGGGCCGUUACCCCGGGGGAAGAAGAGGAGGUCUGCGUGGUGGGCAUCUUCGGCAAGACCGCCUUGCAGCUCAGCUCGGAGAAGGCGGCCUUGGUGAACACCGUGUGCGACCGGCAAGUCUUCCCUCUCUUCCAGCGGGACGGAGAGGCCAGGACCUCGGCAGGAGCUGGUGGUGAUGGUGAUGGUGGUGGUAGUAGUAGUGGAGGUGCAGAUGCGGGAGCCGAUUCUCCUCCUCCUCCCUCCUCCUCCUCCUCUUCUUCUUCUUCCUCCUCCUCCUCCUCCUCUUCCUCCUUCUCUGCCUCCUCCUCCUCGCAAGGCGAUUACAACCUCUUGCAAGCCUAUUACAGCCAGGAGUGCAAAGUGCUCUACCUGGUGCUCACAUCCAUCUGCGACAGCCACCAGCUAUUGCAAGCCUGCAAGGACCUGGAUGCCAUGGGGGAUACCCGGGGGCCCCCCGGAGGCCUAGGGGGUCACCUGUCCCAGGGCGGCUCCCUGGUGCCCCACGCCGAGGCCCACGAGUUCUGGAAGCACCAGGAGAAGUUGCAUUGCCUGAGCCUGCUCUACCUCUUCUCUGUCUGCCACAUCUUGCUCAUGGUCCACCCCACCUGCUCCUUCGACAUCACCUACGACCGCGUCUUCCGGGCCCUGGACGGCCUGCGCCAGAAGGUCCUGCCCUCCCUGAAGGCCGCCAUCAAGGACUGCCCCGUCGGCAAAGACUGGAAGCUGAACUGCCGUCCCUGCCCGCCCCGGCUCCUCUUCCUCUUCCACCUCAACGGGGCCCUGAAGGUCGAGCCGCUUCCAAGCCGCGGGCAGGAGCUCUGCGGCCCUCUGGAGAAGCCUCCCCCCAAGAAGCACUCCCCCAAGCGGCGGCUCCAGCACGCCUUGGAGGACCAGAUCUACCGCAUCUUCCGCAAGAGCCGGGUGUUGACCAACCAGAGCAUCAACUGCCUCUUCACCGUGCCGGCCAACCAAGCCUUUGUCUACAUUGUAGCCGGCGGCCCCCAGGAAGGUGAAGACCCCAUCGCCAUGCUGCUGGACCAGUUGAGGGGCAACUGCACCAGCCGGGAGGCGGAGUCCUCCUUGACGCCCGCCCUGGCCGGGCCCCGGCGGUACCAGAUGAUGAGACACGGGCGGCAGCCGCUCUCUUUCCACGUGGAGAGCAGCAGCAGCAGUGCCAGCUCUUCGGGCCAGUUGGUGGAUUGCACCUUGAAGGAGUUCCUCUUCCAGCACGUGGAGCUGGUCCUGGGCAAAAAGGGCUUUGACGACAGCGUGGGCCGCAACCCCCAGCCCUCCCACUUCGAGCUGCCCACCUACCAGAAGUGGGUGGCCACGGCCCUGAAGCUGUACGAGGUGGCUAUCGAGGGCAAAGACGCCGACUCCUCUUCCUUCGCCGGGGAGCUGACCUCCAAGAUCAUGGGCAGCAUCAAAGUCCUGGAGGGCUACCUCGACAUUGACACCAAGUUCUCGGAGAACCGCUGCCAGAAGGCCCUGCCCAUGGCCCACAGCGCCUACCAGUCCAACCUGCCGCACAACUACACCAUGACCGUCCACAAGAACCAGCUGGCCCAGGCCUUGAGGGUCUACAGCCAGCACGCUCGAGGUCCGGCCUUCCACAAAUAUGCCCUCCAGCUCCAUGAGGACUGUUACAAGUUCUGGAGCAACGGGCACCAGUUGUGUGAGGAGAGGAGCUUGACCGACCAGCACUGUGUCCAUAAAUUCCACUUGCUUCCCAAAUCAGGUGAGAAACCCGAACCAGAUAGGAAUCCGCCAGUGCUGUAUCAUAACAGCCGGGCUCGGUCCACUGGAGCCUGCAACUGUGGCCGAAAACAAGCGCCCCGGGAUGACCCCUUCGACAUCAAAGCAGCCAAUUACGACUUCUACCAGCUCCUGGAAGAGAAAUGUUGCGGGAAACUGGACCAUAUCAACUUCCCCAUAUUUCAGCCGAGCACACCGGACCCGGCGCCAGCCAAGAACGAGACGUCGCCCAGCCCUCCUGAAGGGGAAGCCGAGAAACUGAAGGAGAAGGAGCCGCAAACCCAGGGCGAGAGUACCAGCUUGAGCCUAGCGCUCAGUUUGGGGCAGUCCACGGAUAGUCUAGGGACCUACCCGGCCGACCCACAGGGUGGAGGGAACAACACGGAGGCCCACGGGCAGGCGGCGGAAUCGAAAGGCGAGAAGAGGCCAAGCUUGGUGGAUCGCCAGGCCUCAACGGUUGAGUACCUGCCCGGGAUGCUUCAUUCGAAUUGCCCCAAGGGACUUCUGCCCAAAUUUUCCAGCUGGUCCCUGGUCAAGCUCGGCCCGGCCAAGGCGUACAACUUCCACACUGGCUUAGAUCAGCAAGGCUUCAUCCUGGGCACGAACUACUUAAUGCCUUGGGACGUGGUCAUCCGGACCCGGACGGAUGAGGAGGGGGAUCUGGACACCAAUUCCUGGCCGGCCCCCAACAAGGCCGUCCCUGGGAAGCGGAGCGCCGUCGUCAUGGGCAGAGGGCGGCGGCGGGACGAUGUGGCCCGGGCCUUCGUGGGGUUUGAGUACGAAGACGCCCGCGGGCGGCGGUUCAUGUGCUCAGGGCCCGAGAAGGUCAUGAAGGUGAUGGGCGGGGGGCCAAAGGAAUCUGCCCUCAAGGCCCUCAAUUCCGACAUGCCCCUCUACAUCCUGUCGUCGAACCCGGGGCGUGGGCUCAAGCCCCACUAUGCUCAGCUGAUGAGGCUCUUCGUGGUGGUCCCAGACGCCCCACUCCAGAUAAUACUUACACCACAGGUCCAUCCAGGGCCGCCUCCUUGCCCUGUAUUUUACCCUGAAAAACAAGAGAUCACUCUCCCUCCCGACGGACUGUGGGUUCUUCGGUUUCCUUACGCCUACGUGACAGAACGGGGGCCAUGCUUCCCUCCCAAGGAAAACCAGCAGCUGAUGAGUUACAAGGUGGUUCGAGGAAUACUAAAAGCCGUGAUACAAUAGGACUCCUUGGAACUUGCCGGUUGAAUUGGCUUUGAAAUACUUUUCAUUUCUUUCUCAUGCCUCCCUCCCUCCCUCUCCCACCCCUACCAAAUCUAAAUGACGGAUUUUGAUUACGAAGAGCUGGAAUGUUGACAGCAAUCACUGUUUUGAUUUUUGUAAAGCCAAUGCCCGUAAAGGGAUUGGGAUUGAAACCACGUGUUACGUGCCAAGUCCUAUUAAAGAUGGUGAGUAUGUUAGUGUCGGAGCCAACUUUUAAGUUCUGGCUUCCAAAGGCCUAUGGAUCGAAACGAAGAAAGGGAAAAAUAAAACGUAAAAAGCUU